UCCCGCCGAUAACGACAGCUGAUAUAAAUACUCGUUCUGUGUCCUCUGGCCUGUCCCGCUUGUCCUCCACUUCUCCUCCGCUGGGCGCAAUCUCCCUCUCUCUCUCUCUCUCUCAUCUCUGUAUCACUACAGGCGCUGGUAAUGUGGCAGAGGGUCUAGCCUCUACCGCAUCGCUGCUAAACCCGUCGUUCACCCUGGAGGAUCCAAGUCGCCCCGGCAAUCUGUCCCCUGUCAGCCCCUCGUCAUCGCACAGCAGCGGCCUCCGUCUGUUUGAGCUCUUCAGCGCGCCAGCUCACGGCUUCAGCGGCACCGGCAGAAGCAGAAGCAGAAGCAGAAGCAUCACUAUCAGCAGCACAAGCAGCAGCCGAAACAGUCGAAGCAGCAGCAGUAGCAGCAGCAACGGCAGCAGCACUGCCGCGCCGCGCCUCUCGCGCCGGGACCAUCACGACCAGCCUCUGUGGCCCUCGGGCUUUGACUCGCUGCGGCGGCUCGUCGUCGGCGCCGUCAACUGCCCUGCGCUCCCGCCAGCGAACCUCAGCAUGUCGCUCCGUCGCCAGUCGGCCCGCGUGCCGCAGACGCCUCGCAUCAUCUCGCCCAGCCCGACGCCGUCAGAACGAGACGCGCAGGAUUACGUGGGCCCCAUGACCCGGAGUCGAAGGAAGGCUCCGGCGCAGCAGGUGGUGGACGAGGUCAGCGACGAAGAGGGGAGCAGCUCCUCCGGCCCCCGAAGAUCCCGUACAAGAAGCCGCUCGCCCCUCGAAACGCGCACGCCUCGCAAGACCAAGACGCCAAAGGCAGCGGCCAAAGCAGACGAGGACGGCAUCAUGGCGGCGGCCACGACGACAGCGACGGCAAUGGCCUCGCGACUGGCCACGACCAACGGCCAUCUCGCACCACCGGUGCCCGUGUCCACAGGAUGGAGCUGGCGCGACUUCAGCCGCAGCCCCAGUCCCCUGGGCCUCAUCCCCAUCCACAGGCACUGGCGGACGUUUGUGCACAAGCACGAGGUCCCCCGCAAGGCGCUGCACGUGUCCAUCGGCUUCUUCGUCGUCUGGCUCUACAGCUCGGGCACCCAGACGAGCGCCGUGCCGCCGUACCUCAUGGGCGCGCUGGUGCCCAUCACGACGGUCGACUGGCUGCGGCACCGAUACGCCUCCUUCAACCGGCUCUACGUCAAGGUGCUCGGCGCCCUCAUGAGGGAGAGCGAAUACUCGGGCUGGAAUGGCGUCAUCUUCUACCUCCUCGGCGCCUGGAUCACCCUCUACUUCUUCCCCAAGGACGUUGGCGUCAUCAGCGUCCUGCUUCUCAGCUGGUGCGACACGGCCGCCAGCACGUUCGGCCGCCUCUGGGGGCGAUACACCCCAAGGCUGCGCCGCGGCAAGUCCCUGGCCGGAUCGCUCGCCGCCUUUGUCGUCGGCGUGGCCACCUCCUACCUGUGGUAUGGGUGGCUGGUCCCGACGCUGGGUCCCAAGCCCGGCGACGAAACCUUCAUGUUCACGGGCACUCUGUCGCUGCCGCGCGCAUUGAUUGAUGCCGUCGGCAUCCCGGAGAGCAUGGCAUCCGUGUCCGGCUCGGUGGCCCUUGGCAUCAUGAGCGUCUGGUCCGGAUUCGUGGCCUCAGCCAGCGAGGUUGCCGACGUGUUUGGAUGGGACGACAACUUGACGAUUCCGGUGCUUAGCGGAGUCGGUAUCUGGGGGUUCCUGAAGCUGUUUGGCUAG